AUGGUUGGCCCCUGUUGCAGGGGUUUGAAGCCGUUGGUACCUUGCAGAAGCGAAGAUGAACGAGGGGGGGAAGCCGGCGGGCCAAUGCCGUGCGGGUGUUCGUCUCAUGCGCCCGCACUUUUCCUCUGCCAGGGCGGCAGUGCGGGACGCAUUUCGCGCUCCCUCUUUUUUCGUCAGGCUGACUUGACUGCCUCCCUUCCUACACACCUUAGUUUCAUCUCAUCCACAGGUGCUGCGGCAAUUGUUGCGGGUGUUGCGAUCCACCGAGGGGCAGCCGGCACAAGUAUCUCGACGAACCCUAUAUCCCGCCGAACCAACGGAUACAAGGCACAAGAACCGAUGCAUGCUGGUUUCGAUAGCCGUUCGACAGCGGCGCGGGUUUCCAAAGGACCGGCAUUCCCUCAGUUCGCCGAGUUUGACGCCGGAGGCAAGAAGGACGACGACUCCCUACCCCAAAUGCCUGAGUGGGAAAGCGCCGAGCGGAAGAAGGUGUACCUUGAGGAAGAGGCGGUCGAGAUGAACGCCCUAAAGAAACCCGAAGCGGGUGGACAAGCUGCCGGCGCGGCCCUGGCGGGCGGAGCUGCUGGGGCAAUUUCUCCACACGGAUCGCGCUCGCCGGUCAACCGAAGUCCGUAUGGGCCGCCAGGGGGCAACAACGGGUUCUUUGCUGCUAGCGCUAUCAACAACAACGACCCAUACUCCCAAGGUGCUCCGGCAUACAACCAACCAGGUAUGGCCUAUAACGAGCCGAACUCAGGGUACGGGAUGGCCGGCGCAGCCAUGGGUCCUGGGCGACGUUCACCGCAUGCCUUCAACAACGGAUACAACGACGGACACAACAACGGAUACGGGCAAACUCACGAUUACCCCGAUCCCGGAGCCCAGGGCAGCUAUGACAACUAUGGAGGUGCCCCCCACCAACAACCGUAUGACAACUACGACUCCCAAAGCAACCAAGGCUACGGCAUAGCACGUCACCACACCCCCCACGCGAUGGACCCCUCACCCUACGGAGCCGACCAGCGACGCUCGCCCGCACCCCAAGGGCCUUACGGGGCCGACUCACGACGAUCCCCCGCCCCACGAGGCCCGUAUGGCGCCGGAGGAGCACGCCACUCCCCCGUACCCCAAGGCGCGGGGGUCUACGACACCCCUUACCUCGGCGGCGGCGGCCCCGACCCCCGGCGCUCCCCGGCCCCGCAGCAACAGGCCGGGUUUGAGACCAGCAACCCCUACGGCGGCUCGCGCGCGCCGCCCCAGAGGCAGUACUCCAACCACAGCGGCGGCAACGGCAUGCACUCGCCCGUCAGCUCGCCCACGCCGCUGCGGAACGAGGGCGGGUUCGACUUCACGUCGGGGUACAGCCGCCCGCAGGCCCCCAUCGCGACCACCACAAGCCCGGUCAACGCCGGUGGCUAUCGGCAGCCGAGCCCGCCGGCUGAGCUCGGUGGUGGGACCGGUGGGUAUCCGGGGUACAAGCCAUAUCAGCCGUAG